AUGGCCGAUGUCGAUAUGACGGAUGCGCCCGGCACUGCCGUCGCCAAGAAGGCCGCCGACGGCGAGAGCAGGCCGGUGGACGCGAAGAAGCGCUUCGAAGUCAAGAAGUGGAAUGCUGUUGCCUUGUGGGCAUGGGACAUUGUCGUCGACAACUGCGCUAUCUGCAGAAACCACAUCAUGGACCUCUGCAUCGAGUGUCAGGCAAACCAAGCCUCUGCAACGAGUGAGGAGUGCACUGUGGCCUGGGGUAUAUGCAACCAUGCAUUCCACUUCCAUUGUAUCUCACGUUGGCUCAAGGCCCGACAAGUCUGCCCGCUGGACAACCGCGACUGGGAGUUCCAGAAGUAUGGGCGCUGA